GCGGGAGCUUCAGUAAGUCGCUGACACUGCAAGGUAUAGCAAGGAAGAGCGUGACUAUCGUGCUACCUGGCUUCGUGACCUUUAAUUAAUACACGGACACAUCCAGUUUUAAUUAUCGAAGGAAGGAAUUGAAUAAGUCCUCCAGCCAUUCACUGACCUUUUUAGACCUUGACAAGUGAUAUUCUUUCCUCCAAGCCUUUGACCAAGAUGCCUCCUGUGCUACAAGACUCGACCUCCUCCUUCUCCCUCGCGUCAAUCCAAGAAGAAGAGGAGCCCGACACCCAGCAGGAAGCCGUGCUUGUGAUGCGUAAACUCCAGAGCGUUCUGCACCGGGGGGUCGAGCGCUAUUUCACCUGCAACGCCGUCAAGCUCCCGCGGUCCACGCUUCUCAGGGCGGCGCAUGAUAUCCUGCGACUGUGUUCCCAGCGUCCAGAGGGCCUGCAUGGUGCCGUUGUGGACCUCUACCUGAAUGACGGCCAGGCUUGCAAAAGAUUGGCGCAGGUGGUUGCUGACCCCAAAGUGGACCCCAAAACAGUCAUCCGGCUCACCCUCCAUCGUGACCCCGCCUCCUCAGACCCCGGCGUCCUGAACCUGCUCCCCGGCUACACCAUGGAGCGAUCCUGUCUGGCAUGAUCCCUGGCGGUCGGCGGAGCAGCAGCCGAGAGAGUCAGAGAGUUCUCGCAAAGUUCAUCGGAUCUGGUUGUGGCUAAUUAAUAAGAGUUAAGUGUUAAACGUUCCUUGUGAUGGUGUUUAGGGAAGCAGUCCAAGGAAGGAGUUUAAGGUGCUAUGUGAAGGGAGCCUGAGUCAGUCUCGCCCCCAGCAGUGUGGCGGGCGGGGCUGUCUUCCCUCAAGUCUGGUUCAGGAGUAGUAGGUGUUGAUGACUAUAACCGGACGCAUUAUCCUAUUAUAUUAUCGAGUACUCGGCCAAGGCGUGACUGCCCUGCCUCAGAGGACACAAGGGCCAUAUUUUUAAACAUUUCUGUGCCCAACAACAUGUAUUUUACUAGACUUUCAUGGGAGUUAAGGGCAUUUCCAGGGGUACUUUUAUGACCCUGGUGGUAGUCUGAGCCUUCUUCUGUACCGUGAACCUAAAAGAACACUCAUUAGAACUCGCUUGUUGGACUCUGGAAAUUGGUGUGUGGGGCGGGACCAUCUCACAAUACCAACCUUUGUAAGCCCCGUUCACACUGGGCCACGACUACCCACGACUCUAGGGUAACACACGAGGUCUUGGGUGUUGAUGUGAAAGGGUCGGGCUUGUCUUGAAAGAGGUCUUGAGACUGUUUCCGAAUGCUGCGCCGACGUCGUGACUGGAGUCUGGAGUCGUGAGAGUUAGUACGACAUGCUGGCAGCUAGUUGGCCGAAUAUCCCAGACGGUCGGCAAGACACCAAGACCCCAAUAAAACCUCCCCCCCCCUUCUUGGAGCGUGGGAACCAAUUUGUCACAUGGGUUGUCGCGGCCCAGACUCGGCACAGUGCGAACGGGGCUACACCUGGCUUGCACUUAUCUACCACUGUUCAAUGUCCGCCGCUGGGCAAGGCUCUGAGCUUUGUGUAUGUUUGAGUCUCGUAUCUUCCUGACGAGUUCCACGUCGUGUGUUCUGAACGACUCAAAAUACUUAAGUGCAAUGCCUUUGAGGAGACGCGAAAAUAGACUUGCAAACGGAGGAGCGGUGCUUGUCAGGAGAACCCAAAGUCUAUAUAUACCAAGUCAAGUCACGCGCAGGAGGCGGUUUUGGGGCGGAGCAGCGGGAUGACGUCACUUGGAGCCAAAACGAAAUACCCGGCAGUUCAGGGGUGACUAAAGUUGGGGCCGUGUGUGCACUCUGGAUGUACAUUCUCGCCUUCUUUCACAGCGCGUUCAGGCAAGCCACUGACGGAAAAAUAUGUCUUUUUAUUGUGCUAUUGCGUGACUGUAAUUCCAAUGCCUACAAACGGCGGUGUGGGGUGUGAGGGAGGGCAUGUUGAAGUGAUUGAUUUAAAUUAGUCCGCCUUUCCUCGUUUUCUCUACAUCCCUGUUUCUACAUUCUCUAGUUUGGCUCCAAGCAACGUCACGCAUAAACCACGCCUCCUCGGCCGUGUCUCCUCCCACAAACCUGCGCGUGGCAUGACUUGGUGUAUAUAGACUUUGGUGUUCACAAAAUCAGUUUCCGACCUUCCCACACCACUGAGCCGAGGAGUUAAUUAAAGGGCAUGAAAUACGUGUCAGAUAUUUUGUUUGUUUGUUUUUUAAGCGGUGUGAUGUAACUCGUGCUUAAAGGCUCAUACAUUCACUUCUAUUGUAAUACAGAUGACAGCUUUUGGUCAUGUUAAUAUCUGUUUCAUAUUUCAAAGCAUUGAUUGUUCAUUUAACCCAUUGUACAUAUCAUAAUGCUUCUCAUCUCACAUCAAUGCAAGUUUACAUCGAUCAUUAUCGUACGCGUUCGUCGAUACACACACACACACACACCAACGUUGCCAGAUUGUCGUACUCAGAGCAUAGUAUUUCCCGGUUUCUGGCGCCUAACUAUUGCCAAGGAACAUCAGGAAUUAACUAUUUUAACGAUAAUUAUAAGUGAAUCUCCUUAGUGGGGUCCAGGAGACUGUUUUUGGGUCAGAAGUCGGUAAAUAUGAGGCUGAGUACGAUAAUCUGGCAACGGUCUCUCACACACACACACACACACACACCAAUGUUGCCAAAUUGUCGUACUCAGAGCAUAGUAUUUCCCGGUUUCUGACGCCUAACUAUUGCCAAGAAACAUCAGGAAUUAACUAUUUUAACGAUAAUUAUAAGUAAAUCUCCUUAUUGGGGUCCACGAGACAGUUUUUGGGGUCUAAGUCGGUAAAUAUAUGAGGCUGAGUACGAUAAUCUGGCAACGGUCUCUCUCACACACACACACACACACACACACCAAUGUUGCCAAAUUGUCGUACUCAGAGCAUAGUAUUUCCCGGUUUCUGACGCCUAACUAUUGCCAAGGAACAUCAGGAAUUAACUAUUUUAACGAUAAUUAUAAGUGAAUCUCCUUAUUGUGGUCCAGGAGACUGUUUUGGGGUCAGAAGUCGGUAAAUAUAUGAGGCUGAGUACGAUAAUCUGGCAACGGUCUCUCUCUCACACACACACACACACACACACACACACACACACACACACACACACCAACGUUGCCAGAUUAUCGUAUUCAGCCUCCUGUUUGCCAAUCUCAGACCCCGAAGGUACGAGAGUUUGAGGCUUAAAAAUUAUAAAUACAAUGUGGUGAAUACGAUAAUCUGGCAACGCUGCUCCGAGUCUAGCGCGUGAUCAGACCAUGGUGAAUUGUAUACACCAAAAAUUUAUACCUUUUAAUAAAAUGUAAAAUAA